UAGUAUUUUCAAUAAACGAAAAUAAAGAAAAAUAACUUGACCCGCGAGUUCUGCCCGGUUUACUUCAUUGUUAAGAGUUUUAUCAUGCCGUAUGCUAACCAGCCAACGGUAAAAAUUACGGAAUUGACAGAUGAGAAUGUGAAGUUUGUGAUCGAGAAUACUGAUUUGGCGGUGGCCAACUCCAUACGCAGAGUCUUUAUGUCUGAAGUGCCAACGAUAGCAAUUGAUUGGGUCCAGAUUGAUGCAAACUCAUCAGUUCUUCAUGAUGAAUUUAUUGCUCACAGAGUUGGACUUAUUCCUUUAACCAGUGAUGAUAUUGUGGACAAGAUGCAGUAUUCUAGAGACUGCACAUGUGAUGAGUUUUGCCAAGAAUGUGCUGUAGAACUCACUUUGGAUGUUCGGUGUACAGAAGAUCAAACUCGUCAUGUUACAUCACGUGACCUCCUUUCUAAUAACCCUAGAGUGAUUCCAGUAACAUCCAGGAGCAGGGAUAAUGAUCCCAAUGAUUAUGUAGAACAGGAUGACAUUCUGAUAGUAAAACUGCGAAAAGGCCAAGAACUAAGACUAAGAGCUUAUGCUAAGAAGGGAUUUGGCAAAGAACAUGCGAAAUGGAAUCCAACUGCAGGAGUCUCAUUUGAGUAUGAUCCUGAUAAUGCCCUCAGACACACAGUCUACCCACGUCCAGAAGAAUGGCCAAAAAGUGAGUAUUCAGAGAUUGAUGAGGAUGAGGUACAGGCCCCCUAUGACCCAAAUGGAAAACCUGAGCGGUUUUACUACAAUGUGGAGUCCUGUGGCUCACUACGUCCAGAGACUAUUGUAUUGUCUGCUUUAGCUGUCCUGAAGAAAAAGCUUAGUGACCUGCAGACCCAGCUUAGUCAUGAGAUCCAGAGUGACGUCCUAACCAUUAAUUAAAUUGAUCCAGACUUUUGCACUGUUACCAGGGUUAUAUUCUGUGUAGGCAAAUACAAAGUUGACAACCUUGAAGCUGUAGGUGGCUUUCUUACUGAACUCACUGCAGUUUAUUUGAGACAGUGUGCUGUAUUUUCUUAUUUGGACAUAAUCUGUCACAAAACAACUGCAUAUACUAAAGGACCAUCAAAGGUAUAUUUGCAGUCAAUCAUCUAUUCAGAGCAGUGCAGCUCUGAGUCUUGUUUUCCUACUACAUCUGUUAUAGGUGUUUUUAAGCAAUAUUUUGUUUUUGUAAUUACUUUAAGAAAGAAAAACCAUCCUUGGUAUGGCUCUGAGAAGUAUAUUAAAAUUAUGAAUUAUGUGAAAUAUAAUUUUUGCUUGGCAAUUCAUUUUAACAUGGAUUAGUAAUUUAAAAAGUUGAACUUUUACAUUUAAGGCAAGGAGGUUGGGGAAUAGAGAUCUGAAGUAUGUUUUAAAUAAUAAACAUAAUGUUAUUUGUAUCUCAUCACUUUUUCUUUAAAUUCUCAGACUUUUUUUUUUAUUUUGUUUUGAACUACUAAACUUCUACAUUCAUGUGUGCAUUUUGUAGAAUGAACUGAAAGAAAUGUGUACAUUUUAGAAGUAAUUUUAUGUUUAAACAGUUUUUUUUAUAGUGAUCUGCCAAAAACAUUUCAAAUUAUGUACAGCUAUUACACAUUUAGGCAGGUAGGGCUGUGGGGGUUGUACACACCUCAUAUUUUUUGUUACAUUGUCUUUUGUAAUGUAAGAAAGUAAUGCAGAUAUAGUUAAAAUUACAGUAUUAAACAUAGUUUAUUUAC